AUGCUAUACGAAGUUAUUACGAAAGAUUGUGAUGAGGAUGGCUCUGAAAAGGAGUCUCAUGGAAACGUUCCUGACAAAGAGUUUGAAGAAAAUGACUCUGAAAACUCAGAAUUUGAAAAUGAUGGCUCCGAGAGAGUGUUAGAUGAGGAAGGCCCAGAGAGAGAAUUUGGUGAAGACUCCGAUGAGAAGGAAGAAGAGGAAGAUAUGUAUGAAAAAGUAUUUGACGAUGAGUCCGAUGAGAAAGAGGGCGAAGAUGCGGAUGAGAAAGGGCUUGAAGAUGCUGAUGAAAAGGAGGAAGAAGAGGAUGCAGAUGGAAAGCUGUUUGAAGACUCCGACGAAAAGGAAGAUGAAGAUGCAGAGGGAAAGGGAGAUGAAGAUGUAGAGGGAAAGCUGUUUGAAGAUGACGAUUCCAAUGAGAAGUUGUUUGAUGAGGAGGAGGAUUCCAAUGAGAAGUUGUUUGACGAUUCUGAUGAGAGGGGGACUUCGGAUGGUUUGGGGAAUGCUAAGGAAGAGGAGCCCCCGUCCAAGGCCGGCCCUCUUUAUGUAUUUUGA